ACGAAAGGUUGGAGUUGAAUUAAUUGCGUGAUUUAAAAAAGAGGAUAAUUAUUUCAUUCUGUACGAAAUACGGUUCAUGGAUGCUUUUCUGCAUUAGAAAUUCAGAGUGUAAACAUCCGGUUGUAGUUCGGCUGUGUAGGCGUGUAUAGAAACGGGAUGCUGUGAGUCGAUGAUGGUGGAUGCAUGUACCAAAUGAGCGGAGCCUAGCUGCUACUUUCUUUUCACUUUCUCCCAACUCAUCACCCUAAAAUGGCGUCUGAACCCGACGAACGACAGCGCCUUUUACGGGCGGUGAAAAAGGAGGUGAAGCAGAUCAUGGAAGAGGCUGUCACCAGGAAGUUUGUCCAUGAGGAGAGUAGUAGUAUAACAUCGCUCUGUG